AUGCGAUCCAAAAAAGACAACGUCCUCCACCUCGACAUCACCAUCCCCCAACCAUGGGUCCCCGAAUUCCGAUGGAUCAACGCCUACACGGCCACCCUCUACGCCGCGGCGACAUUGAUGGUCCUACAACGACUCCUCCUCCGCGCCUUCCGCUUCGGCAGCCCCCUCGGCCUCGACGACAUUCUCAUUUUCGCGGCAUGGCUCGCCGCGACGGCAUUCUACAUCGAGUGCACCCUCGCGCUGACAUCCCUCGACUACGGCGUCGCGGUGCAACCCCCUAAAUUCGAGUUCAUCGCCCUGAUGCUCUGGCUACCUCGGACACUCGCAUUCGUUAUGCGAUCUAUGGCGCCGCGGCGUUGACUGUGGGAGCCGCUCUCUCCAUGGCCAUUCUCUGCUUCGCGAUAUGCCAGCCCUUUGAUGGAUUCUGGCGAGCGUUUGACCCGGACUAUCUCCGCGAGGUUCGAUGUGUCAACAAAAAGGCCGCCGCGAUCGUAGCCGGCGUGUUUGCGGUGGUCAGUGAUCUGUACACGGUUGCGAUUCCAUGGGCGAUUAGUCGUUCGUUUGGUCUCAACAAGAGGCAAACACUAGCUCUAAACCUAGUGUUCAUGAUCGGACUGAUCGUCACAGUCGCGAGCGGUGUGCGGACCUACCAUCUAUACGAGGUCUAUCGAGCGAACAGG